AUUUUAGAAGGUGACUGUAAACAAACUGUACUGAUCACAACAGCCACCAGAGGUCGCUUUUAACUCACGCGAGCUUAGAGGUCACGUGAGCCUCAUUCUGAUGCGGUUUAAAUGUGUUCUAUAUGUGAACGCGCAUAACGGUUCCAGUAACGGCUGUUAUGUGAAAGACACGUAAAGACAUUAAUUAAUCGAUUUUCAUUAACAAAGAUUCCUAGAUUUUGACGAUAUACAGGUCAUUAAAUGCUUGAUUGUUUGAUUUGACCAUGAUGGAUGUGGAGAAUGAUAAGUCUCUUCUCAGAGUACACAUAAACUACAACAACUUCCCGGCUAAGUUGUGGCGUUUGAUAAACAAUCCCCAAAACGACUCGGUCUUCUGGAGCCCAAAUGGAGAGAGUGUGAUUGUCGACCAGCAGCGGUUUGAGGACGAACUGCUGUCACCGGUCAAACAAGACGCUAAACUGUUCAAGACCACCAACUUCACCAGCUUCAUCCGCCAGCUCAACCUCUACGGCUUCCGGAAGGUCUAUGACAGGUCCUUCAAGGACAGACGCCGCAACCUGCACCACUUCCACAAUCCCUUCUUCAAACAGAGUCGGCCAGAGCUUCUGGUCCACAUGAAGAGGCUCACAAUCAGUAACAAGGCCAAGAUGCAGGCCGGAGAGGAGGUGACCUGUCGCCCCCCGCGCCGAAACCAUCAGCAGUCUCAACACAACACUACAGAGGCGAAGAGAGGUUUUGCAGACCCAAAUCAGCACUUUGGUUCUGUAUCCCAUCAGCAGAUGGGGUCUGACCGAAGCCUGAUCCCUCCGCGCUCCUGGAUCUUUCCUUACAGUGAUGUGCCUCCCUUCUACUCUAACAAAGGCAUCCCGGUUUCUGUCAUCCGCCUCAAUCCGUACAACACUCCUCACAGGAUCCAGUCCGGUCCUGGUGCUCUGUUUCCACAGGAGCCUAAAUAUAUACCUCAUCAGCUGUCCUAUCCUCCUGGGCUUUACUCGCCAGUAGUUUGUCAGUGUUGCACUGCUGGUUUUACUGAAGCAGAUCGAGCAGGUGCAGAUCAAACAGCUCUGCCAUAUUCACAUUAUGCUUAUUACCCGCAGAGCUAUUCACUGAGCCACCAUCACAACAGCAUCCAAACCACGAACUGGCCCGCACACGUUACACCUGAGUCUCAGCGGGGCGACGUGAACCUCGACAGGGUGUUCCAGAUGGUGGAUGAGUUCCAGGGUUUGCCCAACGUCCACGUCGUGCGAGUGGGCACCCCUGUGAACGGCCAGCACACCUCCAGCCCAUCUCUCUGCACUCUACCUGCUGCCUCUAAACCUGACCCCGACAGUCCUCAGAGCUCCAGGGCAGGCACUGCGGCAUCCAGUCCUGUGAGAGCGGCCUGCAGUGCGGGAGCUCAGUACAUCAAACUGGAGUCUGAGGGACAUGAUGUUGAGAAGCAAGGAGCCAGCCAACUCAAAGAAGAUGCUGCAGAUCAGAAAGUGACUCAGGAAAGCAUCAGAAACUGACAGCAGAGCAAGAAGCUAUUCUUGAUGACAGGCAGGAUUCUUCAGCCUAUGCAAAUGACAAGCAGAACAAAGCUAUUAAUUAUUUAAUUAUUAACUUAAGUAUUAUUAUCAGUUAUGUAAGUUAUUUACAGAAUUUUAAAAAUUGUAUGAACUAUUUAAGAAAGUUUUGAAGAAGUGUUAAGUUAAUAUUGCUUGGUGUUUUUUUUUAAGUUGUUUUUUCACAUUUUUGCCUUUAAUUUUAAUAGUAUUUAUGCUGAAUACACACACUUUAAAUAUCUACAGUGAAUGUGAUAUUAUUUAUCUUGUAUAUAUUCUUAUAUUAUUUAUCUUAUAUCCUAUAUAUUUCAGUAUUUGUAAUCAGUAUAUAAUUUUUUUUUUUUUAAAUGUAGCACAAGAGUGAAAGUCAGAUUUUAAUAGCAUUGACUGAACUGAUUUGUUUUCAGCUUUUCUGAAUUUGAAUAAAUGCAAAGCAAGUGA